AUGCCCGGGUUUACUACAUAUGGUGUUCACAGACUAUUAAACAGGGGACAGCUGGGCCCUAUAUUCCCCAGCAGCACUAUCCAAGAGCUAGGCCCCCAAUGCCCAUCCCUCCAAGGGCUAGCAAUUUGCGUUCAACGCCGUCGAGGUCUUGAGACAGACGUCUACACGGCCCUGGCCCAAUUCCCCCGUCUUAUCCACCUCGACCUACUCCUCAACUGCCUGCCUGAGAUCGACUCCACCGAAAACCCAGUCCCACUCCGCGAACUUACCGAGUACGAAAGCACCCGCACAUCAGGCCACGCAUAUAACCUGCCCACAUGGUACAUCCGGGACUGCGUGAUCAACUGCGCCAUCGACCAGGAGCUAGCCGAGGCAAUCUUUACCCAUAUCCGCAACAACCAAAAGGGAGGAGGUAGACGCCUCCAAAGGCUGACAAUCCACCCUCUCCAUAGUCAGGGAGGGCAAUAUUGCUCUUACUACUCAAUCUCAAACUCAAGCCCACGAACCCAAUGGGGCGCAUGGGGCCCUUUCAAUGCAGAGGUUUUCGACGAGCUGGCUCGUUCUUGGACGGUCGAAGCAGACGUUGUCGAGAGGGCUGGAAUAAGAGCUGUAAAGUCUACUCGUGGGAAGGGUGGCAACAGCCGACUUCGUUAA